AUGUCGCGCCAACUUAUCUCGAGCGAGAAGUUCCCUCCCAAGCCUCACAACUGCCCCGCAGUCAAAGUUCCCGGACUUGUUUUUUGUGCCGGUCAAACUGCCACUGGAGAGAUUAAGCAAGCCACACGAACUGUACUCCAAAACCUCAAGGAGGUGCUCGAGCUAUCCGGGUCGUCGCUCGAGCAAGUAGUCAAGUACAAUGUCUACCUGGCAGACAUGAAGGACUUUGCUGCCAUGAACGAGGUGUAUAUCGAUUUUCUGCCCAAGCCAAUGCCUUCUCGGUCGUGUCUGCAGGCAGUUCCUCCGGGCGAUGGAACGGUUAUUGAGAUUGAAUGUAUCGCGCAGGCGUGA